CAUUCUGGCAGUGAGCUUGUUUGGAGGCCUCCGUUUUAAGGGUGCCCGUUGGAAGCCCACCAGCGCACAGUGAAAUCUUGCAGAAUUUGGUGUUCAAAAAAAUGGUCGUUCAACCUUGAUUCACCUGGCUUUUCAGAUGAUUUUAUGUCGAUGUCUGUGUCAGACCACUGAAACAAGGUAUCACGGCCUUAAAAAAUGGAAUAUCCGUUCUGUUAACAGGAUAUUGAAUAUGUAAAGUGAAAGAUUACAAGCUGCAUUGGCCUAUCUGGCUUUCCAACUUCGCUCCUUCAGCAUUACUGCUGGGCGUUUUCUCUGCUUCUGCCCAAGGCUGCACGUCCUUGUUUUACCCCUGGCGUGUUGUGUUUACUCCUCCACAGGCUCCCAAGGGCCAACCCCCGCAAAACCCUAGUGCAAACUGUCAACUGCAGCGAACUGGGUUUAAAAAGAGUAAAGAGCCCCAAAGCGACGGUUUCACUUCUCUUCUGCCUCUUCCUCCGGGGUCCACAGUUGCAGACAGACGCAAGGCUGAGUUAGGACAGGCAGGACAGCCCCGGGCUUUGCCACCCCUGCUCCUGCACUCCCCCCCCUCCACCGCCAGUCCCCGGCGCCAUCGCGGUUCUGGGUCCCUCAUGGUGGGCACCUCCCCUCGCCGCGGCCAACCCGGCGUGGCGGUGGGCACCGGGAAGUCGGCGCAGCGCAGCGCUCGCUUUGCGGCGCGACCGUAAAGCGCCGUCUUUCUCCGGGGACGUCGCCGAAGCCGAGUCGCCGCCGCGUUUGUCAUCCGCCCCGGGAGGCUGCCGCCCUGGUGGCUUUCCGCUUCUCCUAAGGAGACUCAUUUUCAUCCUGUUGGAUUCAUCUUCAUUGCAACAAUAUGUCUGAGUCUAACAGUGCCAAAAACAAUUUCCACAAGAAAGCGCGGACAUCUCCAUACCCAGGCUCAAAAGUGCAGCGUAGCCAGGUUCCUGACGACAAGGUGGGCUGGCUGGUGGAGUGGCAGGACUACAACCCUGUGGAGUACACGGCAGUGUCUGUCCUGGCUGGACCCGAGUGGGCGGAUCCUCCGAUCAGUGAAACCAACUUUUCUCCCAAAUUUAACGAAAAGGAUGGGCACGUUGAGAGAAAGAGCCAGAACGGCCUGUAUGAGAUUCAAAAUGGAAGACCUAGAAAUCCUGUAGGUCGGACAGGACUGGUUGGCCGUGGGCUUUUGGGACGGUGGGGCCCAAAUCAUGCUGCAGAUCCCAUCAUAACCAGGUGGAAAAAAGAUGGCAGUGGAAGUAAAGUCACCCACCCUGUUUCUAGGAAACGCGUCUUACAGUUUGUUGCAAUAAAACGAAAAGACUGUGGAGAAUGGGCAAUCCCAGGGGGCAUGGUGGAACCAGGAGAGAAGAUUAGUGCUGCACUGAAAAGAGAAUUUGGUGAGGAAGCUCUCAACUCCUUACAGAAAUCCAGUGCUGAAAAGAAAAAAAUAGAGGAACAAUUGCACCGACUCUUUAACCAAGACCAUCUAGUGAUAUAUAAGGGAUAUGUUGAUGACCCUCGAAACACUGAUAAUGCCUGGAUGGAGACGGAAGCUGUGAACUACCAUGAUGAAACAGGUGAGGUCAUGGAUAAUCUUACCCUGGAAGCUGGAGAUGAUGCUGGAAAGGUGAAAUGGGUGGACAUCAGUGACCAACUCGAGCUGUAUGCCAGUCACUCUCAGUUCAUCAAGCUCGUGGCUGAGAAACGGGACGCGCACUGGAAUGUGGAGUUGGAAGCUGACUGCCAGGGGUUGUAGCUGGUGGCCCCUGGGAGCCAGAGGUCAGCCAUCCAGGGAGUAUGUGCAAGAAAAGGCGUGGUACAGCGCUCAGACCACAGAAUUGGACAAGGUAGCUGGUUGGCCUGUGCGCUUUCAAAGCUUCCCAGUUAGAAGGUCUUGUAUGAACUUGGACUGAGUAAAUACGAAACAAAACACGGAAUUUUCAGCUUUCUGGUCAAAAGAUAAAAGAAUCAUCAUUCUAGUUUUGCCUGCUUUAAACCACAGUUAACAUUUCCUUCCUUUGAAGAAUGCUGAUUAGAAUAAGUUCCUGAUCAGCUGUGACUGCUGCUUUUGCUUUCUCUCUGGGUCCUGACCAGCGGCAAAUGCACCUGCUCAUCUGAGACCUCAGAGUCCCAGCACCUCAGGCUCCUCCUGGAGCAGCAUCCCUGACUGCGCUCACUCUCAGCCUGGCUGUCCUUUAAGUUAUUUGCUUCACAUUUUGCUUUGUAUGAUUUUAUACUCAAGUUCAUUUCGAAAGCAGAAACUGAUGUGUGCUUGACUAUAGUCAUCUAUUUUAUGAUCAUUUCAGUUAUCCUUAUAGUCAAUAAAAAUUAAAAUUGAAUAAGCAUUUAUACCCUCCUUCUCAGCCAAUCUGAAUUUUAAAAAUAUGUCCAAGGAAUUAGCAAUAUAAAUAUAUUUUAUUUCAUUCUGUCCUUAACUGCUGUAUAAGGCAAUUUAAAAAUAAAUAUUCUUAAAGGAAUUAAAA